ACUGGGGCGUUCCGUAAAUUUUCAUAACUCCACGGACAGCAUUUCCUUCUGAAGAGCGGCGAGUCGCGACGACAAUCUGACGCGCUUAUUUUAAGCUUUAGUUUAUUUCGCUGUGAAGGAUUAUAAACAAAGAAACCACUUUAGGAGUUACGGCGGAAAAGGAGAGAUUAUCUCUCAGCAUGAUGGAGAUUGAAUUGCCUAAAAUGCAUCCAAGCCAACAGGAUAUGGAUCUGAUAGAUAUCCUGUGGAGGCAGGACGUGGAUCUGGGUGCGGGGAGAGAGGUGUUUGAUUUCAGCUACAGACAGAAGGAAGUGGAGCUGCGUCUGCAGCGUGAGAAGGAAGAGGAGAAGCAGCAGCAGCGUUUGCGGGAGCAGGAGAAAGCUUUACUCGCCCAACUCCAGCUGGACGAGGAGACCGGAGAGUUUGUGCCUCGAAGCGCCCCGCCGACCCACACCAACACGACAAAUGCCGAAGUCACACAGAAUGAGGCUUUCGCAGAACAGGACGGUGACGCCAUGUCAUUCGAUGAGUGCAUGCAGCUCCUGGCUGAGACUUUUCCACUAGAUGAGGCAGCUGAGUCAGUGCCGCCUUGCCUGGAUGCAUCCGUUCCUCCUUCCACAGAUCUUAUGAUGCCCUCAGACAUCCCAGCCUUUACCCAGAAUCCUUUGCUGCCAGGCUCUCUGGAUCAAGCCUGGAUGGAGUUGCUCUCACUCCCAGAGCUGCAGCAGUGCCUCAAUAUGCAGAUGCAGGACUCGUUGGAUAUGGAUGGAUUUAUGAAACCUUCCACAGAAGCACAGGACCCAAACUACAGCCAGUACCUGCCCGGCAUGGACCAUCUCUCAUCUGUCCAGACAGAGGGGUGUCCUCCCGAAUACAUCAACACAUAUGAUGGAUCCUUUAACACUAUGGUGUCGCCCAACCUCAGCCAGAUGAGUCUGAAUGUCCCGGAUGUGAGGGCCGAGUUUGGACCGGAAGAAUUCAAUGAGCUGUUUUAUCCAGAGAUGAGAGAGGUUAAAGUGAACAGCGGUCCUCUCACAUCCGAUGAAGGAAAUACGGUCAGCCAAUUGGUGGAGAUCCCCAGCGAUCCUCCUGUGAACACCAUGGAUCUGCACAGCUUCUCACCUGGAAGCUUCAGCUCAGGAAAACCAGAGCCUAUGUCCGAAUUCCCAGAUUCAGAUUCCGGCUUGUCGCUGGACGCCAGCCCUCACACGAGCUCUCCGGGGAAGUCCUUGAACGGAGACGGAUCCUUUGGUUUCAGCGACUCUGACUCCGAAGAGAUGGACGGUAGUCCGGGAGACAUGGAGUCAGAUUAUGCCGAGAUAUUCCCGCUGGUUUACCUUACCGAUGAAGCUCAGGCAUCUCUCUCAGAGAAACCCCCGGCAGAGGCACUGCAGAUGAAAGCGAAGAACCCAAAGAUAGAGCCGGCGGAGGCCAGCGGCCACUCAAAACCGCCCUUUACCAAAGACAAGCAGAAGAAACGCUCCGAGGCCCGGCUCUCCCGUGACGAACAGAGAGCAAAAGCCUUGCAGAUCCCAUUUACUGUGGACAAGAUCAUCAAUCUGCCUGUGGAUGACUUCAACGAGAUGAUGUCCAAACACCAGCUCAACGAGGCCCAGCUCGCCCUCGUCAGAGACAUCCGCCGUCGGGGCAAGAACAAGGUUGCGGCGCAGAACUGCCGCAAGAGGAAGAUGGAGAACAUUGUGGGCCUGGAGUACGAGCUGGACUCGCUGAAAGAGGAGAAGGAGCAUUUGAUGAAGGAGAAGAGCAAACGUAGCACCAGCCUGAGAGAGAUGAAGCAGCAGUUGAGUACCUUGUACCAUGAGGUCUUCAGUAUGCUUCGAGACGAGCACGGCAAGCCUUUCUCGCCCAACGAAUACUCCCUUCAGCACACUGCGGAUGGCACCGUUUUCCUCGUUCCUCGCCUUAAAAAGACUCUCGUUAAGAACAACUAGCUCUGUUCCAUCUACUCUCUCCUUCCUGUUUUUUUGGUACUGCUUUUCUCUUGCUAACAACAUAUCCUAACCAGGCAUGUUGCAAUAAAGCGACAAAGGCUCUUCCCACGUUGAUGUGUUUGUCCUAACCAGCCACAGAAUAUUUUGUCAGUCACUUGGUUGGUGCAGCAUUGUUCCGGGAAGCCCCGCCCACAAUGGAAUCUCAUUGGUCCAAAAUCUGGCUGCACAUUAAACAUCAUCAAAUAUGUUGCUAUUAGUGUCGAGAACAUCGCUGACUCCUGAAACUUGUCAUUUGGUGACUGGUUAGGACACGGUGUACGUUUUACGCAAAGGAAACAACUAAACAGGAGCGCAUUUUGCUUUUACAUCAACUGUUGAAAUGGCACUACUGUUAUAUAUGUUUUGCGUAUUCUACUGUCCUAAUAUUCUUCACCUCCGUUGGAUUUUGUACUCCUUUAUAUUUUCUCUGAGAUUCUUUUACCUCUAUGGUUUGUAAAUACAUUUAUACUUUAUUUGCUAUUGAGAUAGGAACAAAUGUACUAAAUAGAUCACAUUUUAGUAUGCUAAAAAUUGUGAUCAUUUUAAGUCUGCACUUGUGUCAGUUUUUAUAUCUUAAUUUACUAUUCUAUUGCUAUUUUACCUCCUGAAUUUAUGGCUUUAUAUAAUAAAUAAAUAUUUAAACCA